AUCGAAUCCGUCGACAAAGUGAUUUAGUUGCCCAAUUCCAUCUUUCCAGUCUCCGGAAGAAGAGAAGAUGGAGAAAGAUAAACAGGGGAAAGGAGAGUGGAUCAGAAACAGAGACGAAUGUGCCCAAAUAUUGCGUUCUCUUAUGCUGCGACACUAAAAAUAAAAAUUCGGUUUGGAAAGCUUGAUGCUGUGGACCUGAGGCUUCUGUUUUGUCCCCUUGAAAUGCAAUGA